ACAAUGAAAAACAAUAUGUCGGCGCCCGUUAUGAACGGUAUCGACAGCUGAAUGUGUAGCUCUAAGUUAAUGGUAAGAAAGGUAGAGCGCUGAAAUGUCCGACGUUCCUAAUGAAACACCUGCUGGCUCCUCGGGCGACGGUGCUUGGUCCAUGCCCCUGCCAGCAUUCACCAAGGAGGACAACCCGCAUGGCGUGCUGUGCGAGAGUGCAUUUGCCACCCUUUUCCCUAAGUACCGCGAGAAGUACUUGCGUGAGUGCUGGCCUCUGGUCAAGAAGACACUCUCCGAACAUGGUGUGAAUGCAGAAUUGGACGUGAUCGAGGGCAGCAUGACAGUGACGACAACGCGCAAGAUGUGGGACCCAUACAUCAUUCUCAAGGCACGCGACAUGAUCAAGCUCCUGUCGCGCAGCGUGCCGUACGAGCAGGCCAUCCGGGUGCUGGAAGACGGUGUGGGCUGUGACAUAGUGAAGAUUGGCAGCCUGGUGCGCAACCGGGAGCGGUUCAUCAAGAGGCGCCAGAGGCUGCUGGGACCCAAUGGUACCACACUCAAGGCCAUCGAGCUGCUGACCAACUGCUAUGUCCUGGUGCAGGGCAACACAGUCGCCGCGCUUGGACCCUACAAGGGGCUGCAGCAUGUGAGGGCUUGUUUCUACGUUUCUUUCUCAAUUUUAUUGCAAGUGGCAAUCUCAAGAUACUUCAUGCACUUUCUGGUAUCUAUCUAUCUAUGUUAGGAUCUAACCAUUUUC